GUCACUUCUUGGGCAACUACACGGUGCUGGACGUGCUCCGGCAGGCCGGUUACAAGGUCACCAAGGUCGGACCCAGGGAGCGUAUACGAAGGUACAACCGCCGCCGGCGGCCGGACGGCCCGGAUCCGGAAAUGAUCGACUUCCGGUCGACGGAGCCAGUUCCGGAGGACUACUCCGAGCCGACCAGAGACGGUGCGGAGCUGACGCCGUCUCGGCCGGCCGGCGGUCCGCGCGGCAAGAAGUACACGGAGAAUUUCAGUGACCUCUGGGUGCGCAUCGACGACCACACAAAAAGCCGGGCGGACGGGGCAUGGCCGGGCGUGACGCCAUCGACCGAGGCCGACCAGCCGCUGCGCGUGCUGUUCAACGUGCCGGCUAACACGCCGGCCCGCUCGGAGGCCGCCAUCCUCGGCCCGUCGGCGGCGCUGUUGGCUGCUCUGCUGUUCAUGGUGGCGGCGCUGUCACCGCCGCGGACUUAAGCUACGGAAAUACGACGCUAGGUGGCAGUGAUGUGCGGCAGUGUUGGCUCUGUGGACUACAGCUUCUGAGAAGCAGCGGCAGAUGACCGCCUUAAGUGCGCCUUACAAUGCAAGGCCGAUUGCUCUUGGAUCGGUAGUGUGGGGCCCUAAUGUGGAAUGUGGGGUGUUAUGUUCUAGUCGCGUUGCCAUAUGCUGUAUCCAUCAACAAUUAGGUGGAUGAGCCCAAUUAAUAUUCCAACGAUCGUGGAAAUGUCUGCCACCGGCCACACGUUUUUCGCGCUGAUAUCGUCGGCUUUGAGAUAGUGAGCGACGAAGUGACUAGCACAGGCAGAUUUAAUAUUGGACGAACUUGACAUUCGUGACGAUGUGAGGUGAGAUAUAGCGUAAUUUUGAUUGUUACGCGAUGAGACGAAGUGUAGCGCACGAAGUUCCAUGCAUCACCGUAUAAUACAUUGACUGAACGUGGUCUGGAAACAUGUUGCCAGGUUACUAUCGAA